CAGCAACUGAUAACGUUAAACAACGCAAAUUUUCAUCCACAAAUCAACCAAAUCAAACACUCGAUCACUUCUCUAUAUUACUCCGUAUAAGUUUAUAUAACCCACCAACAAUUUCACAAUAUUCAGGGUUUGACACAAUUUCACAACUGUUUCUGGGUUUUAUCUUUCAGGGUUUUUCUGUGUGUUCAACUCUGCAAGCUGAAAAAAUGGCAUCUUCAUCAAUUUCUUUCUUAGCAGGCACAACUACAACAACACCAUCAGGCCUACUUUCCCAUUUCAAAAGUUCAAAAGCUAUGCCUUCUAACCUGAGAAUGGAGGGGACAGAAAAUGAGGGGUUUAGUGUUGCUUCAAUGGCUGUUGGAGUGAAAUCAAGAUUUGGGUCUCUUCGAGGUGGUGGUGCUGUUUUGGAACGACCCACUUUUGAUCAGUCCCAAUUUGACCCUUCAACCCAAGUUCAAGAAGGAGGAGACAUUGGACGGGUAAAGGAUAAGAGAGGUAACAGAAGUGGAGACAGUUACAGAGUUUUGUUGCUUGAUGAUGAACGCCACACGGAAAAUCUUGUUUUGAAGGUGUUGCCUCAAGCCGUUCCAUCCGUCACUCCAGACGAUGCAAGAAGAAUCUACAGUGCAUCACGGGAAAAUGGUGUUGCAGUGGUUAUAGUGACAGUGAAGGAGCAUGCCGAAUUUUACUCUCAAAUGAUGAUCCGGGGGGGUCUACAGUCGUCUAUUGAACCAGACUCAAAUAUUGUUUGAACUAAACUGGGAGUAAUGCAACAUUUUUGUAGUGGCUUCCUUCCAUCCGAGUGUAAUUACAGGAAUAUACUUCAUAGAAUGCAUAAGAAUAGCAUAAUACUGAGCUGUUUCCCUCUCUAUCGACUUUGGAACUUUUUUGUAGCCUAUUAGUUUCGGUACCUAGCAAGAUAUCUGUUGGACUUCAAUAUUGAUAGUUGUGAAGUUGGUGCAGGAAGAAAUAUCAUUUAUAUGUAAUGUAA